AUGAAAAUAAAAAUUAUUAAUCAUCAUGAUGAACAAUUAAGCAGCUUUUUUCAUGGGGUCAUUUUUCGUAAAAAUGUUGCUCUAAAGUAAAUGUAAUAUGAAAUUAAUAAACAGGCCCUCAUUAUUAUUAUUGGAGAAUUUGACAUGGAGGGCUAAUUAGAAGAUUAUAUCUAAAACAAAAAAAAAUUUAGUUGAUUCUAUUAAUUAAAUUUAUAACAAUCAUGAACCAAACUUAAUUUUGGUUGAAAAGGGUACUAAUAAAAUUGCUUUGGUUGAAUGUCUUAAGAAGAAUAUAACUAUUUUAACUAAUGUAAAAAAGAAAGCUCUUUAAAGUGUUAAAUUGUGUACAAAUGCUAAAUACAUAAGUUUAUCUAUAUUAAAACAAUGCAUUAUUGAAAGAAAGAAAUAAAUAGAAGAUCAAUUUGAAAAAGUAAUUUCCAAAAGUUCUUUAAGAAAAAGCAGAAAUUUAAAAGGAUUCUACUUUAUGUUUUUUGAAAGCUUCAACUUGUUAAAAAUUUGAUACAAUAACAAUAAGCGGGCCUUAAGAGGAUUUAUAAUCAAAAGUAAAAUCAUGUUUUAUCAGAUGUGCUAGACUAUAACUACUGAAUGUUAAAUGUUUAAAAACAAUCAAUUAAAAACUAUUGCGAAUUAAGGUAAUUUUACAAGAUUUUUAUUUGGAAAGAUUCCUUUUCAAGAAUUAUUCAAUAUAGAAUUAAAAAAACAUUAAAUCAAUUAUGUUAUUGAUGAUGUUAACAAUUUUAAUGAUAUAAUAGAUUUUUUUAGUUUAGAGGAAUAUGAAUCAAAGCAUCCUUCUUAAAGAGAUAAAUUAGAAGAGUUUCAAUGA